AUGUGCUCAGGUUACAACAGAGUCACCAACUGUACAACUCAUCAACGUGGAACUCGGAAAUCGGAAGAUCGAGAAUAUAAAAAUAACCAUUGGGAAGAGCUAAACGUGGGAAUCAUUGCACGGCGCAUUGCCCGCACACAUCCACCUACAUCCGCAAUUAAUCCCCAAAGAGGAAACCAACCAUCCACCAUCUAUCUGCAACUCUACACCCCAGCGGUGCAUAUUGGCCGGACCUUCACAGUCACCAGAAUUCUUUCGAGAGGAACUCCUACAAGUCCUUAA